CAAAUAUUCAAACUUCAACAUUACGUUCCAUUACGUUACAUAUUUAUAACUGAUAAUCUAGAACCAAGUUCAAGUUAGUCCCCUUCCCAGUGAAUUCAUUCUCGUGUUUCUACAAUUCCAAGAUCAGCUACGAUAUAAGGUAUUGUGCAUAAUGGUUGGACGAAAACGCGCUAGACGUUCAUGCUCAUACUGCAAAGCCAGAAAUCACAACGUGAGAACAUGUGGCGUUAAAGCAUUGGCUGAAAAGACUGGUGAAAGGAAAUUACUUCAAUGGUUGGCAACUUCCAAUGAUGGCAAUCCUACUGAAGCUACUUACGAUAACGUGGAGGAAACUGAAACUUUUACGGAGAAUAACUCAACACGACAAGUAGGGACUCGUCAUCCGGUUUUCGGAGAUACAGUUCGGGAUUUGUUACCGACAACCGCUCCUUCGCCCUGCAUUGACGGACUUCGCGAUGGGUCUUUUCAAAAUUCAGGUGGUAUGGUAUGGCUUCAACAGGUCUGUCAUUUAAAUAACUUUCAUUUAUUGAACAAUAGUGGAGGUGGCGACUGCGCCUAUAUUUCAAUUCUUGAUGGUAUGGGAUCCUUGGGCUUACCCAAUAAACCGUAUGAUGUCGUGCAAUUUAGGUCAAUCGUAGCAGAUGAACUAGGCAGUCGUCCACAUAUCUAUAGAGAUUUAUUAGAAACCGAUGCUGAUGAUCGCAAUUCGGAAUUUAAUACCUUUGUUUUCUUAACACGAAGUAGUCGUGAAUGGGCCCAGACAUGUUGUUUUUAUGCAAUAGCGGCCUUAUUUCCCAUAACAAUUCGUUUAUGGGACGAUAGGACGAAACAUUUUGGUUCGUUUGGCACUUUCUCUCAAGUGGUUAAUAUUGGUUAUUUAUCCAAUGAACUACAUUACGUAGCUCUUCUACCGUCCUUAAUAUCGGCUGCCAAUGCACGCGCUUAUAAUAUAACAAGUUGUUUUUUAGGGAGGGAACAGACAGCCAAAAAAAGAAAAAUCAGUUCAAGUUCAUUCUCAUUAGACCGAGACGAAAGCAUUGAAGCACCGCCAAAACCACAAGCUGCCUCCGAUUUCUUACCAAAUUUUACUUCACACAUUACUUCUACCAAUCGCAUACAUCAGCGGGCGGAGCGGCCAGAUAAACCGGAAUAUCCUUCGAAUCUACGAGGAAAUGUACAGGACAACAGAAAAUGUGCCAAUUGCUACAGAAACGAUACAGCUAAGUAUAAUAUUAAUUUAGGUAUCAGAUCACAGGUAUCAGGUAAAAAAUAUGGAACUAUCAAACCGAAAUCAACCGUACUACACGUACUACUCUGCGAUCUCUGUUAUAAGUACUUGACUUCAACUUUUAAGUCCACUCGUAAUUCUUGGUUUUGUUCUUGGCCAAGUGUUCUUUGGUCAAUAUUGUCAUUUACCGGCCCUGAUCGUUCCAUUUCUCAUAAAGUUUGGUCAGUCUUGCCAAAUACAAUUAGGGAUAUGUGGCGUGGAGUGGAAUUAAAUAGCACAUCAUGUAGAUUUUUAGAUCGUACUCACGAUAUUGAUAAAUUUAACUCUUUUGUGGGAACUCAUGACAUAGGAUAUAUUAAAGAGGCUUUCAAUACAUAUCCAGUUGCCGACGUCAUAUGUCCUUUAGGUUGCUGGGAAUUUUUAGAAGAUUGCGACUACAUUCCAUUCUUGCAUUAUUUGACAGAUAUUACAGAUCUCAAGUUAUCAGGAGCUGAUCCCGACACAUUCAGAGGAGCACGUCCUGAUUGGCCGCCGUUGCCAACAAGAUAUUUAGAAAGUUACAUUUGCGCAGCUGGAAUAUGUGUAUCAGAUGAACACGGAAUAUGUAUUCUAUGGUGCAAGGACAGACACGAUUCUCUCAAACGUCCAACAAUUCAUCCACCAACAAAUCCCGUUCUUCGACCAAAUGCUGAACAAGGAUGCGAAUUUUUAGCCCCAUGCACUCUUAUUCCUCAUAUAAAACGUUUGGGAAAAAUAAAGAAAUGGAAUUCAUCUGGACACGUAAUAGACGUACGGGGUGGACAUUUCGGGAUGUCAUCGUGCUCACUAAAUCCAAAUCCGUCUAAAAUGAACAUUUCACAAGACCAUCACAAAGUUAAUUCUCUCAUAGUGGGUCAACGUCACGAUAUCAGAAAAAGACUUUUUGAAGACCAAAACAAACGCCGAGAUGCUGAAUCGUACCUAUUUACAUACAAUGUACAUCGUCGCGAAAAGUCGGGUUUAUAUGACGAAGAUAUCAUUACGAAACAUUUAUCUUCGGGAACGAAAUGCGUAACUCGCGUUACAGACGAUUUCAGCAAUCCACUUUCUUCCGAAUUGCAAGAUGCAGAACUGCUGUUGAUUGCCAAGCCACCUGCUUCACGAAAUCGGCAUAGCUCACCUCCACAUCAGUUCAUGGACAGGCAUCUUCUCAUGCUGUUGUCUUCCAAACAUGGGAACGCUUUUAGGUGGGACCAGUCAAUGGGUUGGUGGCUGGUCGAUGAUACAAAGAUGUGCAAGUGUCAUGUUAUCCCACAUUUACCUUCGUGGCAACUAGCUAUAUACGGUGUGACUUCGAAUGCGGUCGACGAGGAACAUCUUUCAAGAUCGUUAGACGGGCAGAGACAUUUUAAGUGUGGCAAUACAUCCCAUCAUGCCUUUCUAAUGAAGGAAUCUCGUAACACUUGUAAACAAUGCUUUAAAAGAACUUGUUCCAAUAAAGCUGUUUGGGGCUGUCACUGGAGCCACUUAGGCACACAGUGCAAUGUCGGAAUAUGUAGGACUCAUUUCAUGUCAGAAAUGCGUAACGGUGAGGUUGUUGAAAUACAGGCUGAAUGUGAGUAUAAUCGAACUCCUAGUGCGGUAAGUAUGAACGAAGGUAAUGAUACUUAUUAUGGCAAUACUGACAAUCAUUCCGUAGAUAAUGAGGAUUUAAGCACUGACGAAGAAUAUAAUAAUAGUCUAACUACAUUACAUCAUUCUAACAUGGACUUCAUUAAUGAUGAGUCACUGUCUGAUCCAUUACAUACUCUCUCAACAAAUCUACCUUCAUUUACUGAAAAGAGCGCUAUCUUUCCCUUACAUUUUCUGUUAAAUGAUACUUUCCAAGUUUUAAAAAGAUGCGUUCGCCGAAGGAAAAAUGCACGAUCUCAUAACAUACUUCAUCACUUUGCUGGGAACAGUGAUUCAACAAUCGUUUCCUUACUCUUCCCUGAGGCACAAAUUCUUCCGACAACUUUUUGGGGAAUGAAAAACAAUUCUCCAGUUGGCGCAAUGCAUCAGGCACAUUUAUGUAAUUCCAAACGUUCUUGUACUUGUAGAUCCUUGAGAUCUAAAGACGAUAUGAUUGGCAUUCGAAUUAGGGAUCAUAACUUGCCAACGAGUCAGCAACAUUCAAAUUUGCAUUUUUAUUUCGAUUUAAAACUCAACGACAAAUUGAACCAUAAUUCAUCAGCACUUGUUUUUAGACGGGGACUUGAGCACAUAGCCGAAAACAAGUCUCUACACUGUUUACUACAAGACAGUCCUUUACCUUACGACGAGUCCGACAGCAAUGUGAAAAUUCGUGAAUUGACAGCGCUCACUACAAAGUAUCCUUGGAAGUAUUGGAUGACAAUGACAUGCAACGAAUUAAGGACUCCUGGCAUCAUGAUGAUCAUCAAGAGCAUGAAAAAUAUAAGCGAGUAUCGUUCUGAUUAUCCUAGAAUUUAUAAUUCUAAUAUGAAUAUGAUUAAUAGAAUGUGGCUUCGUUUCGUAAACGUCUUUCUUAAGUAUCUUGUUAACAGCCCCGAUCAGCCGGCAGGGCCUAUUAAGCACAUGUUUGCUCGUUUGGAAUUUCAAUCUACAGGUUCACCUGGUAACAAAGCCCACGUCCACAUCGGUGCUGCUUUAUUCGACGAAUCUGAGGAAACAACGUUGAAUCGCAUUUCAUGUAAUCCCGAAACUGUGUUUAAUGACGAAAAAUUCGGGGUCACGCGUCAUCAACUUCUUCAAAAGGGAAUCGUUGAAAAUUCUUCUGACUUCGAUGACCUCAAAAAGUUAUAUCUUAAUCUUUCCACGCAUGACUGUUCUAGAGCCGGAGAACGCUGCAUGAAACGGAAAAAUGACAAAGGAGAGUUAGUAUGUAGAGUUCCUAGGCAUCCAACAAGUUUUCAGUACUUUUUUCAGGAGAAACGUGAUCUUUAUUGUCCCGACAUGAUGGAACGAAUGCAAAAAAUCGGAUUUGCCGACACCACCGAAUGCCAACAACCGGAUGGUUCAGUGUCCACCAGGUUGAUCAUGACGGAUCCGAGAUUACGAGGAGGCAGAUACCACUACCCAACUACGCGUCCGCCGACUUUUCUACCAACAAUACCUUUACUGCAGUGCGCAUUGGGAUCGAGUUUUAAUUGUACAGCUUGUGAUCGUCGAUUCGCAACAUCUUAUUUAAUAAAAUACCACGUAGGUAAAGAAAGCCACAGCGGCCGUAAGUAUAUGAAAGGACUCGAUAAAGGUAAUAUAAAAGUUCUUGAUGGUGAAUUAGAUAACGUUAAAAUUUCUGGGCAACAGAUACUUCAUAACAAAAUAAAUAAUAACGAUAACUUAAAAGGUUUAGCUGUUACUGAAAUAGGAUAUUAUGAAAUGAAUACUUUUAUUAACGACGCCAAUUACACAACCUCAACAGCUGAUUUCAUCCAUGUAAACACUAAUCCUCCAGAGUAUCGCGCUUGGCGAGUUAAACGUAAUAAAGCUGCCGGACAGCAUCGUACUUAUGGCAUGACAGGUGGUCGAUCAGCCUUUGUUGAUUUUAGAUUAGCUGAUAACUUUCCCCAUUGGCGACGCUUCACUGUUAAUCAACAGUUGCAUGCGCGAGAGUAUUUGGAUUCAGAUUUUAAUUAUUCCAAUACGGAAAAAUAUAAUAUUCGACCACCAGAACUGUUGUCUGUCAAUAAAUUAUUAAUAUAUCAUGAAAUAUUCAUCUAUACAGGUCAUCGACUAUCUGAAUCUAACUUUCAUUUAUCUUCAGACCCAAUGUCCGGCCCUUUCUACGACGCAUGUGGACAUGAAGUGAAAAUAAGAAUAUCCGGAAUACACAAAUUGCGAAACUUCUUAACGGAAAUAGAGCAGACUUCAGAAAAUGUCGACGAUCACCAUAUACCCAGCCGGAACUUUCUCAAAAAUCUUCUUAAACAACUUUUAUCGGAAAAAAGGCCCGACAGCCAACAUUUUUCCAAAAUUUUUGUUCACGACAAAACUGCCAGAGAAACCGUUGCUGUUAACUCGUAUAUAUAUCCCGAUAAGAAGAUCAACUUUCUUUACCAUCUAGCUAUCACUCUUGGUUGUUAUGACUCGGAAUUUGAUUUGUUUCGCGACACAAAUUCUUUCCGCGAAGUUUUUGUACGCGCUAGACUUCUCCCAAGAAAAGCAGAUUAUAACCAGCAAGAUGCAAAUUUCAUUUUUAAAAUAUAUAUGGAUGCUGAAGGUCUUCAUCUUCCGAUCACUCGAAAAAAAUUGGAACGAUUAACGAAAUUAGCCGACGAAAUUAUAACGGAAAUUGUCUGCGGUUCCGGUGAAAUAAUUUCAACAACACCUCCCAUUUCUGAGUUGGCGAUACGACUUGCUGCUGAUGAAGAAAUACAAACUAUAGAAAACGUUCGAAGAAGAACCUUAGUCGAAUCAAUACGCAACGCCUUAGUUUACGCCAGUGUAGCAAACCUUCCAACGACGGAAGAAGUUUUCAAUGCCAAUUUAGAACAACCACUUCAACAUUGGAUUACAGAUGUAUUGGGACCUACUUCUACGUCUUUGAUACCAAGAUCGGAUCAUCAGUCUAACGAAAGUUAUUUGGAACAGUUGGACAGUUUUAUGACUACAAUUAAUGCAUUGAGAGUCUACAUGAGCCCCGAACCGCAUAAAUCAGCCAAGAGAUUUCCUUGUAUAGUAGGACCACCAGGUGCAGGCAAAACGUUUUUGAUCCAGCUUGCUGCAUUCGUCGCAAUGUGCCUGGGUUUCCGAGUGACGCUGCUCUCUUUGACAUCCGAACGAGCACGAGCUCUGGGCGGGAUACAUAUUCAUCAAGCUUUUCCAAUACCAGUUACUAAUAAAUACAACAAAUCACCGGGCAGGACUUAUUCCCAAAUGAUGCUGGCUUUACGCAAAUAUGGAAAGAAAAUGGUUUUAUUACAAAGAACAGACAUUUUCAUCUUCGAAGAAAUUGGUCUAAUCUCAGCAGAAGUUUAUGCAAUGUUAGACAGGUGCAUGAAAGACAUCAUGUCUUCCGAUGAAUCGUUUGGACACAAGUUCGUAAUAGCCAAUGGCGAUCCUUGCCAACUCCCUCCACCGCAGGGCGCACCAUUUUGGACGUCCAUUCACUUCACGGCAUCCUUCAAUUCAAUAUCUCUGGAACAUUUCGUAAGAUCUGCGAGUGACGUACAUCUUCAGAAAAUAAUCACAUUGAUCCGACAAAGUUCUCUACAGGAAGAACAAAUUCAAUAUAUCGUCAGUAUUCUAGGUGUUUCAUGCAAUUUUGUGGAAAAAUGGGAUGAAGUUCCAGAAGAAGCAAUGCGAAUUGUGUCAACUCGUAGAGCUGAACAAAUGGCUAUUAGUGAAUUUUUAAAGAGUAAAUCAGAUGAUCCUAACGUUGAAUUGAAAAAGUUUGUUGCAAUCGAUGAAGUAUAUGACGGAGCUUCCUGGGGAUCAGCCACAACAAUGCAAAGUAAUCAAAUAACCAGACAAGUAUUAGAACCUAAAGAAAUUUUCCUGUUCAAGGGCUCUGUGCUAAGAUUGACAUAUAACAACAAUUUCGGAAAUACCAAGUUUUCACAAGGUCAGUUAUGCGUUGUUGAAAACUUUGAAGAGACAAAUGAUGUUAACACAGAAGUUGCCGUUCGCGUUAAACUAGUUCCACCAGGAGAACGCUGUUUAUCUAAUAUAGAUUCUAAUUGGAAAGAUUUUAUACUGAAGCCCAGGUAUACCGCGGAUGUUCUACUAAGCGGAAUGACACAUGCUAGACGAUUGCAGUUACCCAUUAGAUUUUAUAAGGCGAAUACCAUCCACCGGGUUAUGGGAGAAACGUGCCAACUAGUCGCCACGGAAAUAAAUAAUGAAGAGCAACAAAAGCGUCAUCUACGUCUCUGGGAGAAGUCGCAAGUGCUCGUUCUGUUAUCGAGAGUUCCUACUCUGUCUUGCCUAUUUUUUGUUGGUAAUCGCUCUACAACAUUGGGUACUCUGACUGAAAUAUUACACACAGAAGACUAUUGGACUACACACAUCAAUGAAAGACUCCUAUCGAAUGCAACUUGCCCAUCUACUUCCAUGAGCAAUUGCAACUACCCUUAUUCCUUCAGCGCAAGGGAAAUACCAGCUUUUAAAUCCGGUGUAGUAUAUCUUCUCGUUUCUCUACCUUUUCCAAAUGUAUCGUAUUUAGGACAGACCGGACGCAACAUCAAACGCCGAAUUGCAGAGCACAACGCAGGCAAUGGUACUACCUUUACUAGCCAAGCGCAUUACAUGCCAUGGGUUCCGCUUGCUAUAAUUUACGGAUUUUCUGACGAUAUUUCUGAACUCGAUGCGGAAAGGCAGCGGAGACACGUCGAAAGAACAAUACAUCUUCAUGUCCAAAGACAUUCUACGCCUGAAACCGUUUUGUCUGUUAUGAUGAACGUGGUGAAAGGAAAUAUUGACUUUGAAGACAGGAUGCAUUAUUAUGACAAUCUCGUUGUUGAAAGAUUGGGAAAACUUCGACUGAAUGACAAUAAUGGACUUGUAGCAACUGAAAACACUUAA